AUGGAAGAACUUGGAAUGCAAGAAAGACUUGACGAGGCAAUUUACCUCAUUGAACUUAACGAGCUUGUUAAAGACUUCCUCAGGCAGAAUGUAAAAGGCAAGCUUGUUAACGGUUGGUUGUCUGGAAGAGGUGCGCUGAAAAUCGAAAUUGAAACCGGAAUUCCAAUUCAAAUACCAGAAAACACUCCUGUAGACGACAUAAAGGACGCCAAAAGAGAAGCUCUUGUUAAGUUCCUAAACAAACGUCCUUGGAUAAAAAUACCAAACAAGGAGAACCCCCUACCCCAUAUGAAAUUGGCAAUUCAGUCUCUCCUUCACUUCUCUGGUCAGCCGUUCUACAUAACCUCAGAAGGCGACAUUCAGCCAGUUCAGUAA